AACGAUCAUUCGCAUUCGAGCGUCCUACCGGUGAGGAGAGUCCUGAAUUUCAAACCCAUCUUCGGAGAGCUUCUCGCCGUGCCAGCAACGAACCCGCGAUUGUCGAGUGUGUGCCUUGUCGUGUGAAAGUGAUCCAGCCGAAAACAUUACAUCCCUCGUUUGGAGUGGUUUCCGUACUUCUGUUUCCCAAAUCGCAUCAAUGCACAGCAUCGUAACCAUGAAAGCCUUGCUCGCCGCUGUUGUUGUCGUUAGUGUAGUGUGCAGUUUGGUCGGAAUUACCCAAGCAACGGUCGUCGAAUCGUGUGGUGCGACUCGAACUUUGGUGCCGAUUGAGGAAAACACCAUCAACAUCAGCGACUGUGAAAAGGGUCCCUGCAAACUGAAACGGCGCACAGCCGUUAGCAUUUAUCAAAAGUUCACUCCUACUGAGGAUGUGAAGAGUCUCACCACGACUGUGUUUGCGAAGAUCGUCGGAUUACCGCUGCCAUUCGUGGGCGUUGAUGGAACCAGCGCGUGCCAGUACCUGUUCUCGGAAGAUGGAGAAACCAAAGUCGGAUGCCCACUGAAGGCAGGUGAACCGGUAGUGUACAAACGCAGCUUUGACGUUCUCGAAAUUUAUCCCAAAAUUCCGAGCAUGACCAUCCACUGGGAACUGCAAACAAAGAGCGGACGAUCGAUCACGUGCUUCGAGGUGCCGGCUAAGAUUGUAUAAUGUGUGAACGUUAACCUUACGCGUAAUCCACUCGAGAAGGAACGGAUUGGAUCAGUGAAUAGCAGAACGUCAGUUCGAACGCGUUAGCUUUUUGAGUGAUAGGCAUUAAGCUCAUAAGGUACAUUGAUACGUGGGUGCUCAGCAAAAAAGGGAUGUUUGAUUUUUAAACACGAAUUGCUGCUGUACGUUACAUAAGCCAGAAGAUACCGACACAAUAAAACCUCUUUUGUAACCAUGA